GUUGGGGCAGUUACAGAAGUUCCAAGUAUGGAUUGAACUAAACAAGAUGAUUACUAAAGUACUAUCCUACUCUUUAUUUAAAUUAAAUUUUUAUUUUUUUUCUCAAUUAACAAAAAUCCAACUUAUCUUCCUCCCAUCCAUCCACCUCCACGAAAGGUAACAAAACGAAGUCCCAUAUUAAUUGUGACCAAAAAUACAUUUCCCAUUCUGUACCCUGUGUCCAGCAAUCACCUGCAGGCAGGUCCCAUGGUUCAUCAUGAAGCCUUUGGAAUUUUGCUUGGUAAUUGCGUUGACAAGAUUAAUCAAAGUUGAUUGACUUAACGAUGUUGUGAUUGUCAUUGUUGUCCUGGUUCUGCACACUUCAUUUUGUAUCCGUUCAUACAAAUCUUCCCAGGUUUUCCUAAUAUCAUCCCUUUCAUCAUUUCUUACAGCAUAGUAAUGUUCCACCACAUUCAUGUGCCAUAAUUGUUCCGCUAUUUCCCAGUUAACUAUAGACCCAUUCUCUUCUGAGACUGAUUCUGUAAUGAAAGUUGUUCUGUGUGUGAAUUAGGGAAGGGUCUCAUUGUUUUAUACAACCAAUAAGACAUAAUAGAAAGACUUGAGAUCAAAAUCUAGCUCUUCUACUGCUCAGCUCUGUGACCUUGAGAGUGCCCCCGGAUAUCAGAGAAUCUCAAUUUCCUUUUCUAUACAAUCAAGAAGUUGGACAAGAUGGUUUCUGAUCUGAGAUUCUGGUAGUUUGUCCAGGUCAGAAAGGUUUCUUCUGCGGAUGGUUUCUUCUAUCUCAGCCCUUGCUUCUCUCUCUUCCAUUGCAGUGAUCAUGUCUCAAGAACCUCUCCACGUGAAGACCCCCAUCAGGGACAGCAUGGCCCUGUCCAAGGUAGCCGGAACCACUGUUUACCUCAAGAUGGACAGCGCCCAACCCUCGGGAUCAUUUAAGAUCCGGGGCAUUGGACACUUGUGCAAGACGUGGGCGGAGAGGGGCUGUGAACACUUUGUCUGCUCUUCAGCGGGCAAUGCUGGCAUGGCCGCAGCUUAUGCUGCCAGGAAGCUGGGCAUCCCUGCCACCAUCGUUGUGCCUAAUACCACGCCCCCCCUCACCAUCCAGAAGCUCAAGGGUGAAGGUGCCAUGGUCAAGGUCGUAGGUGAGACGCUGGCCGAGGCGUUUGAGUUGGCAAAAGCUCUUGCCAAGAACAACCCGGGCUGGAUCUAUGUGCCUCCCUUUGAUGACCCCCUCAUCUGGGACGGCCAUACCUCCAUUGUGAAGGAGCUGAAAGAAAAUCUUCCUGGGAAGCCAGGGGCCAUCAUCCUGUCAGUGGGUGGCGGGGGCCUCCUCUGUGGCGUGGUGCAAGGCCUGGCCGAAGUGGGCUGGAAGGAUGUGCCCAUUGUGGCAAUGGAGACCCAGGGGGCGCACAGUUUCAAUGCAGCCAUCAAAGCUGGCAAGCUGGUCACACUUCCCAAGAUUACCAGUGUGGCUAAAGCCCUCGGGGUGAACACGGUUGCGGCUCAGGCCCUGAAGCUGGCCCAGGAAUACCCCAUCUUCUCUGAAGUGAUCGCAGACCAAGAUGCAGUUAAAGCUAUUGAGAAGUUUGUGGAUGAUGAGAAGAUCCUGGUGGAGCCAGCAUGUGGGGCAGCUCUGGCAGCCGUCUACAGUCAAACAAUCCAAAAGCUACAGGGUGAAGGGAAGCUCCCGGCCAAGUUGUCCAGCGUGGUGGUCAUUGUGUGUGGGGGAAGCAACAUCAGCUUGGCCCAGCUGCAAGGGCUUAAAGAGCAGCUGGGCAUGAAAGCUAGCUGAGUGCACUCCCACCGACCUCCUCCGGCACCCUGCCAAGGAUGGGGCUGGAGUUUUAUCCAGCACCCUAUUUUAUUAUUGUUGUUGUUGUUGUUCUAUUGUUGUUGUUGGAGGGUACACAUCCAUGGGGCUAGAAGAGACAGAUCUCUUUCUGAUAUGGGGGCCAAACCUAGAGAGAAAGUCUUCAGCCACUUGUGAACCCUGACUUUACAUGAGGAAAAGGGGAGCCGUGGCCUGUUCUGGGACUCCUACUUAGUCCCAUUUUAAUCUAUCCCUUCCACCAGUCCCAUGGAAACCUGGGUAUCCCAGGAAUGAGGAGGGAGGGGCAGAAAUGGGUUACAGAACUUUCACAUGGUGUCCCCAUCUCUGUCUCAGAUUAGAAAAAAGGGGGGCAGAAAGGUCAAAAGAGAAGGCUCGAGGCUGGCCCGGGGAGUGAGGAGUAUUUGAGUUUCUUCUCCAAAGCCCACCCCUCUUGGUUGCCCUUCUCCAAGGCUGGAGAGCCAAGACCAGCCCUUCCUCAUUUUUCUAAUGUCCAGAUUUUUUUCAUUGAAGAAAAAAAAAAAGAAAGAAAUACAUCUAUUUAUGAAAGGUGA